UAUUUUUGUAGAUUUGUUGUACUUUUACAGAUGUCCCAGGCUAUAAAAACGGUCUUUUUAUUUUUUUUUGUAAAUAUUGAGCGUUGAUAUGGGCGAUUUAAACCUUCGAAAUCGAGUUUUACGUAUGAAAAUUUUGAGAAAAUGAAAAGAAAUGGACGCUGAACCUAAUUUUCUAAUAAUAAUAUAAUCUAAAAUUAGAUUCAUACUCAUACACACAGAUCUACGCUAAAAAUACUGAAAGUGAAUGCUUUUGUUCAUAUAUAUCAGUCCCAGUCUGUUCGCGACUUUCGAUGCUAUAAUUCUAUAUCGUGACCUUUUUUUACCAUUUAUAGUUUAAUAAUUUAUUUUAGUUUUAGUUGUGUAGUUUCUUAUUUUUCUGGAAUAUCAUGGAGCACGAGAUUUGCAAUAACUGCAAAAAGGAAAUUCCUCAAACCAACUAUGUAAUGCACACAAUGCACUGCUCAAGGAACAUUACGUUAUGCAAAGUAUGUAAUGAACCUAUACCUAAGCUCGAGUACGAAUCUCACAGGGAAAAGUGCAGGAAACCGCUACCAAAAAAACCUGCUGCACCCCCAGCUUCCAUAGAAAAAAGCUUUUAUUUUGAGAAACAAAAAGAAAUUGAAGAUAAGAAAGCUGCCGUUAGAAAGGAGAAUUAUCUAAAAAGGCAUGACCAUUUAGUUGAUACGGGUUUUACUUUAAGAGAAUCGGUUAAUGGAUAUGGAAAUUCUGGUGCCUUGAGUAACACCAGAAGUGCUCAGAUUUUAAAACAACAAUCCAGCCCUGCAGUGAGUUCUGGUGGUACUAACAGUCAAUCUAAUGGCGGGGCUAUUAAAAAAGAAUCAAAACCUCCAUUAAUACCUCGACGCAAUGACGAUAGUACUUCUGGACCAAGACCAAAAGGACCACAAGGGCUUUUACCUUGUCGUUAUUGUGAUUUGGAACUGCCUAAGCUAGAUUUAGAAGAGCAUGAGAAUUACUGUGGCAGUAGAACUGACAAGUGUCUAGAAUGUGGGGAAUUAGUUAUGUUUAAGAAUAAGCAAGUGCAUCUUGAUUCCAACCAUGGAUUUGUCAAGCUAAAAGAUGAACCAGGACCUCAACCUUCCUGGGAGUCAACCACUCAACGCAGCGCGUCUGCCUCUAACAUCGAAACUUCACAGUCUCGUAGACGCUUUAGGUUUACCGACUUUGAUUUCGAUCCUACCCCGUAUUUGCCAGCGGCGUACCAACCAGGUGGUGGGCUCAAGAAAAAAGAGGGCGAAAGUUACAAGGAGAUAUCUAGGAGAUUGGACUGCAAAACAGAAUACAUUAGAAAUCUCCUUCAUGAUUCAGCCAGUAUAACAAUUCCAUUGAGAAGCAGCGGUACCGCUCCUAGGAACCAUUUCAAUCAUAACAAAGUGACUAGAGCGAAUUUUUAUGUACCUGAAGGUCCAGCUCCUCAACCUCCAGCAAGCAGACGCCGGAACCCUCCCACAGAACUGGUAAUCCCUUGCGAGUUCUGUGACACACCCAUUCCGCACGAAGACCUUAUUCAGCACCAGAGCGGUUGUAGACCAGACUUGGCUAGGUACAACCCUCGAAGGAACAGGAGCGCUGUUGCCAUUGCCGACGAGGACGAUUAUUUCGUGGCCCCGCCCCCACGAUCUGACAGUCCGGACGACGAAGAAUUGCCUUGUGAAUUUUGUGCCAACAUGGUGCCUGCAUCUCAGCUGUGGAGACAUCAGCUAACUUGUACGGCUCCUGCCUAAAUAAUUUAUGUGUUAUUGUUCGUUUUUUUAUACGUUAUUAUUGUUAUUGUAAUGUAAACAAACUUUUUAAGGUUAAUAUAGAUACAAUUUGAGUUCUUUA